CCCAUCUCUAGUUUACAGAAAUUAAAAUAAUUCCGGAAAAAACAAUGGUUAACGAUAAGAAACGUCGCUCGCGGUCGCGGGAACGCUACCGGGACGACCGCCCGGCCUUGGGCAAUCCCCGGGACCGGGAGCGGGAUAGAGAACGCGGCAGGGAGCGACAGGACAGGCCGUACGACAGGGAGAAGGACAGACGUCAGCGGCGGUCGCGUUCCCGGGAGGAUCGUGGCAGGCGCAGGUCACCCGAACGGCAACGGCCCCGGGAUAAUGCCCGUGAGCGAUCCAGGGAAAGAGGCAAUGCCGAGAAGAAGCCAAAGCUGGAGGGGGGAGACGGCAGUGGCCCGCCCAAGCCAUUGAUUGUUCAGGAUGAUGAACCCAACGACGACACCAAGGACACCAAGCUCAAGAAGGAGCCCCUCUCCCUGGAAGAACUAUUAGACAAGAAGAAGCGCGAGGAGGAGGCCCGGAGUAAGCCCGUUUUCCUCACCAAAGAGCAACGCGCCCAGGAAGCGCUCAAGCGUCGCCAAGAGGAAGUGGAGCGGGUAAGAGCCGCCCACGAGGCUGCGCGCGAGCAAAUGGCCGCCGCCAGCAAGGUCAGCAUCUCCAUGGGCACGGCCAUGGCCUCGGGGGCACCGCCGCCGGCCAUAAUGGCGCCGCCACCCAAGCCAGAUCGUCGGGAGCGUGGAGGAGGAGGCGGCGGCGGUGGUCGUGGCGAUCGCGGCGGCGACAGAGGAGAGCGCGGUGAACGCGGAGAACGUGGCGGUGGCGGAGAUGACAAGCGGGCAGAGGACCUCACCCACAAGGACAAAGAAAAGGAGCUGGAGGCUAUUCGAGAACGGUAUCUGGGCAUCAUCAAGAAGAAGCGACGAGUGCGGCGUCUCAACGAUCGCAAAUUUGUGUUUGAUUGGGAUGCCGGCGAGGACACCUCCAUAGACUACAACAAUCUGUACAAGGAGCGCCACCAUGUGCAGUUCUUUGGACGCGGCAAUGUGGCAGGAAUCGACAUCAAGGAGCAGAAGCGCACACAGAGCAAGUUCUACGGGGAUCUGCUCGAGAAGCGGCGGACCGAGGCGGAGAAGGAGCAGGAGAAGGUGCGCCUAAAGAAGAUGAAGCGCAAGGAGGACAAGCAAAAGUGGGACGAUCGCCACUGGUCCGAGAAGGACAACGAUGAGAUGACCGAGCGGGAUUGGCGCAUCUUCCGCGAGGACUACAACAUCACCAUCAAGGGCGGCCGGAUACCCAAUCCCAUCCGGAGCUGGAGUGAGUCCGGGUUCCCCAAGGAGAUCAUCGACAUCAUCGACAAGGUGGGCUACAAGGAGCCCACGCCCAUUCAACGCCAGGCCAUUCCCAUUGGCCUGCAGAACAGGGACAUUAUUGGCGUGGCCGAGACUGGCUCCGGCAAGACGUUGGCCUUCCUCAUACCCCUUCUGUCCUGGAUCCAGUCGCUGCCCAAGAUCGAGCGACUGGAGGAUGUGGAUCAGGGACCAUAUGCCAUUAUUAUGGCUCCCACUCGUGAGUUGGCCCAGCAGAUCGAGGAGGAGACCACGAAAUUCGGCCAGCCGCUGGGUAUACGCACGGUGGUCGUGGUGGGCGGUUUGUCCCGCGAGGAGCAGGGCUUCCGCCUGCGCCUGGGCUGUGAGAUUGUCAUCGCCACGCCGGGUCGUCUCAUUGAUGUGCUGGAGAAUCGCUACCUGGUGCUCAACCAGUGCACCUACAUUGUGCUCGACGAGGCCGACCGCAUGAUAGACAUGGGUUUCGAGCCCGAUGUCCAGAAGAUCCUGGAGUACAUGCCGGUGACGAAUCUCAAGCCGGAUACCGAGGAGGCCGAGGACGAGAGCAAGCUGAUGGAGAACUUUUACACCAAGAAGAAGUACCGCCAGACGGUGAUGUUCACGGCCACGAUGCCGCCGGCGGUGGAGAGGCUUGCCAGGUCGUAUCUCCGGCGUCCUUCUACGGUGUAUAUUGGCUCGGUGGGCAAGCCCACGGAGCGCACGGAGCAGAUCGUGUACAUGAUGGGCGAGAACGACAAGCGCAAGAAGCUCAUGGAGAUCCUCUCGCGCAAGAUCGAUCCUCCUAUUAUCAUUUUCGUCAACCAGAAGAAGGGCGCCGAUGUCUUGGCCAAGGGUCUGGAGAAGCUGGGCUACAACUCGUGCACUUUGCAUGGUGGUAAAGGACAGGAGCAGCGAGAGUAUGCCUUGGCUGCUCUCAAAUCGGGAGCCAAGGAUAUUCUGGUGGCCACCGAUGUGGCUGGUCGUGGUAUUGACAUCAAGGAUGUCUCCCUGGUCAUCAACUACGACAUGGCCAAGACCAUCGAGGACUACACCCAUCGUAUAGGUCGUACGGGUCGUGCUGGCAAGACGGGUUGCGCCAUUUCCUUUGUCACCAAGGACGACAGCGCCUUGUUCUACGACCUGAAGCAGUGCGUCACAGCCAGUCCGGUGUCGGUGUGUCCGCCGGAGCUGACGAAUCACCCGGAGGCGCAGCACAAGCCGGGCACAGUGGUCACCAAGAAGCGGCGGGAGGAGAAAAUAUUCGCCUGAGUUUGGACAUAAAAUCUUUAAAAACUUUUAGGAAAAUAAGUAAAAAUAACUAAUAAAGGUUCUACAAAAUUUCUUUUUGGAAA